AUGGAGCUAGAGGCAUCUGAACUUAUAGCAGCAGGCACUAUCCGUUUAAGCUCGUGCAAAGCUUGCCGUCUUGCCUCCCCUUCCUCCACAUCUUCAUCACUGUCAUCCACUACUUCACCACGAAUGGUGAAGAGUGCUAAUUACAAGGCCACAGUGAGAGAUCCUGGGACUCUUGGGGUUUUAACUAUGACGGAGAACAAGUUUGUGUUCAGGCCAAACGCGUCAACAGCGAAACGAGCGCUCGAUGUGGACUUCAGACAAAUUACAGGUCUAAAAAACACUAAGGAGGGAGGAGAUAGAUCACCUUGGCUUCAUCUCAGUGAAAAGGACAAAACUUACAUCUUUGAGUUUGCAAGUUUUCGUGAUCUUCAUCUAUGCCGAGAGUUUGUAGCCAAUGCCGUUGCUAAGCGUGGAGAAGCUGCAAAACCUACUUCUUCUGAUGAACAAAUCAGUAGAGCAGAAAUAAUGCACCGUAUGAAGCUAUUACAAGAAAACAGUGAAUUGCAGAAACUUCAUAUGCAGUAUGUAAUGCGUGGUGUCUUAACAGAAGCUGAAUUCUGGGAAGCUAGGAAGAAGUUUGGUGAUGUAGAUAGCCGUCCAAAGCCCAAGCAAAGGGCUGGUUUCAGAAGCUCAAUGAUAAUGGACACCAAACCCAUGACGGAUGGUCGAACGAACAAGGUUACUUUCAGUUUGACUGCAGAUAUUAAGUAUCAGAUCUUUGCCCUGAAACCAGCUGUUCAUCAGGCAUUUCUUGCUCUGGUUCCCAGUAAGACGACGGAGAAAGACUUCUGGACAAAGUAUUUCAGAGCUGAAUACCUCCAAAGCACAGGGAAUGCUGCUGCAGUUGAAGCAGAAGCCGCCGAUGAUGAGGAAUUGGCAAUGCUUUUGGAGGAGGAUGAGGUAUUGGCGAGGGAAGCUCGUCGAAAGCUUCGACGGGUCGAUCCAACUUUGGACAUGGAAGCUGACCAAGGAGACGAUUAUACGCACCUUCCAGAUCAUGGGAUAAUAUUCUUUCGGGAUGUGGUUUACAAGAGGAGGAGAACUUUAUCACAAGACCUUAACCGGCAAGGCGCUGUUGUUCUUCAAGGAAGAAGCAUCGUUGAAGUUGAUUUAGAAGAUACGUCAAGUGUUGCAGAGGCGUUUAAUAUAAUGCGGUCAAGAGAGGAGGAGGCUGAUAAGAGUGGUGUGCAGGAGAGAUUUGGUAGGAUUGCUCGGACGACUGAGAUGGAGGAUGUUCAAGAACCUCACCAUCUUCCUGUUGCUCAAUUAUUAUGUAUGAAGGAUCCUCGAGACUACUUUGACACGCAACAAGCUAAUAAUAAUGCAGUUAAAACUGAGGAAGCAUAUGGCUCCUUGAGGAAGUCUAUAUCUAAAAUCAAGAGCAUUGGAUUGGGAAAUUCCACAGUUGCACCAGAAAUUGCUCUUGCGGUUUUUAAUGGACUUCCGGCACCACCAACACCAUGUCAGUGUUAA